CAUUCAACGGAAAUUCUUUGUGACGAUUAAUGAAGUCGAAUUAGAGCAGUUAAAGGAAGCCCAAGUUGAAAAAAACCCCACCAUUCAUGAACGCAAUAACUUAAUUUUCGACUUCUUGCUUUAUUCGGGAUUAAGAAUAAAUGAACUAGUAAAUGUUAAGCACUCCGAUUGGCAAGGCAACCAACUAAGAAUUUUAGGCAAAGGCAAUAAGGCUAGGGCGGAAAAAGCCGGGAUUCAAAAAAAAAUAACUCCCCACACCUUCCGCCGCUCCUUUGCCACUCUCUUAUACCGCAACAAAGCCCAAUUAUUAACCAUCCAACAACUCUUAGGCCACAGUAGUGUCCAAACUACCGAAAAAUACAUUCAGAAUGAUUUUGAAUAUGUUUAUGCAGAUUAUA